AGACAAGGGACCCAUCGGAAGUAAACAAUUUAAUUUUCAUAACGUGUUUUGAUCCAAUUUGUUAUAGAACCAGAUAUCGUCAAUAUUGGUGUAUUUUUUCGGUAAUAACAUUAAGUAAUAAAAUCAUAUUAUUUAGUCCUAUUAAGAAUUCAACGAUAAGAAACAUUUACAAAAGAAAAUUCUUCUUACUUUUUUCUCAUAGUUAGUUCAGUUAAGUUAACAAAAAAUAAACAUUAAAUAUUCAAAGUUACUCAAUUAAGUCAAAUUACUGAACUACUGAGUACUACUGUACUGUACUGACUUAAUACUUAAUAUUUAAUAGUUACUUAACUUGGUACCCUUAACUUUUAUUUGGUCAAUGCAGACUCAGAGAAUUACUUUUAGCAUGCUCACUGCGCCCUGGUUUUAUUAAAUUUAAAUCUAAUUAAACAGAAAAGUUUUAAAAUGUUUCUUACUUGAUUUGUUAUCAUUUUUAAUUCUCCUCAAAGAUUGAGGCAAACUUUUCCAUAAUUUUGCCGCUAUCGCUUCAAAAGAGCACACUCCGUAAGACUUUUUUCUGUGUUUAUCCAAACUGAGAAUUUUCAGUAAGGACUGUGUUGAAGACCACAGGUUCUUUAAGGAUACAUGAUACAUGUUUAUAAAAUCAGUUCUUUAACUUUAAGAUAUUCCGCUGCAGAGCCUUCUAUGCAGCUGUGUGCCAGGGACAGAAUUUUGUAAUUAAUACGCUCACUUACAGGAAGCCAAUGGAGAUCUUGUAGAACUGGGGUGAUGUUGUCAGAUUUCUUUAUCCCCGAUACAAUGCGUGCUGCAGUAUUUUGUACCUUCUGGAGUCUCUGAAUUUGGUUCUGAGGUAAACUGGUAAACCCCACAAACAAUUGUUACAGUAAUCUAAUCUUGACUGGAUUAGAGUUACCGCUACAGCAUUGGCUGUCCUCUCAUUGAGUUGAGGACUCAGCUGACCCAGGGUGCGUAGAUGACAGAAGCAUGCCCUGACCACAGAACUGAUAUGGGAAAUCAUUCUAAGUACCAACAUACCUAUAUAUUUUUAAUUUCCAAAACAUUUAAAGCCUUUUAUUAGGUGGUUUCCAAAAAGUUUAUCAAAUAAUAUCAAACAAAAAUGCACCAAAGAAAAGAAAACAGAAACUGAAUAAUAUUUAAUAUUUACACUUCCAAUUACUUAUAUGCCUUUAGUAAAGUAAACUUGUUGCUACAGUAAAUUUUUUUAAAGCCGAUAGCAUAUAGCUCGAAAAUAAAAAUCCUGGUAAAUUAAAAUCUCAAACCAAAACUGGAACGGAAUAAUAUAAAUAUUUGACUCGAUUUACUAUGAUACAAACAUUGGCAUUGGCGCUACCAGUGGCGUGUGGCCAUAACAAAAGAAACGCUGAGCCGCUCCCAGGUAGUUAGCCAGUUUGUGAAAAAUCAUUCUUAAAAAACAUUUUUGAAACUCUCAGUGUAAAAAAUUGAUAACAUUAAACAACUUAAGGAAACAAAGUUAAAACAAACAAAUUUUAAAGAAAAAAACUGUUCAUAAUGAUUAAAAAUCAUUCUAAUUUAAUUAAUUUUUUAAAAAUUUCUUGAAAAACCUUCAAAUUUAAAAUCAACAUCUCUACGUAUCCUAAAUUCUAAGUCAUUAUCCCUAACUCAAGCGUAAAUUAACCCCAUAAUAUAAUGACAAUUAUUUUAAUCAAUCCUCACUUUUGAUUGCUUAGUUGCUGUAUGACAUAAUUUUCUGACAUAUCUAUUUCAAAAACAGAAAAACUAGUUGUUUUUUAAAAAAUUAGAACAUUUUCUCAACAGUUCCACCCAGCAACAUUAGAUCUCGACAUAUUUUAUAGGGUCUUAAAGGGCAUUUGAGAAUCUAUUUUUUAACAAAGAAAAUUGCUAUACGAACUUUCAUACCCCUGUUUGGUUCCAACACUCCUAUUCCUUUCACCCAUUUACAGUUUAUUGAUUCUUUUUAUUUUUUUUAACCUGCUUUUUUUUUCUAAAAAAUAAAUCUCAAUUUAUUUGGUAGGUCUUGUAAAUGACAUCCUCAUUUGUUAAUUAAAUCUUAUUUUAAUAAAUUUUAUUUUAUGCUGAACUGAAUUGGAGUUUGAACCACAUUAAAUUUCACCAGUAACUUUAUUUUUACCAGUGACAGACUUUAAUAAUGUGAUCUGCAAGUUCACAUAAGUAUAAAUUGAUAUCUAAGCAGAUACAAGUCUGCAAAACAAAGUGACCACAGAUUGCAAUGUAAACGUCAGUCAUCUAACUUUAAAAGUGAUCUUUUUUAAUGUCAGCUGAACUCGAUCCCACUCACAUGGGAUGCGAGUAGUUAUUGUAUAUAAUAUAUAUACUGUAUGUUUAUUUAUUCCCUAUUAAGAUACUGUAUUGUAAAAUUUCGAGAUGAUAUUGUACCAGUUUAAGAGUUCCAGGGUAGGCAGGUCUGUGUUCAACAGUUGCACACUGUACUGAAAAAACAAAACCCAACUUAAAGUUUCGUCAGUAAAUCAUAGAAUAUUCUUUUACACACUUUAUUAAAAAUUCUAUAGUAAAUCAUUUCAAUUAAGUCAAAUUCCAUUUAUCAAAUUAUCAGACUCAGAUGGCAACCUUGUUUUCAAAUCCGGUGUUCAUUCCAUCAGCGUAUUAAUAUCAAAUAGAGAGAAAAGUUAACUCUAGUAACAAACCACGACUAAACAAAGGGAGCUCACUGGUAUACAGAAAUUCAUGGGGAGUUGUGAAGUGUAAAUUGACCCAAAAUUCCAUGAAAAACCAAGGAAAACAUAGACUUAUCGGAAAACAAUAAGUCCUUGCUCUAUUUAAUAUUGAAGAGUUUUAAUGUAGUUACAUCUGGUAAAUAAGGUUUUAAAAUUUUUUUAAAAAUUGCUUAAAUAUGAUUCAAUGACUCUAAAAUAAAAAGUUAUCAUAAUUAAGCUACAUUCGUCAACUUUUUGGGUCCUUGAUGUUACUUCUAAUUUCUAAGAAAAGUAAUAAUAUAUAAGUGAAUACCAUUCCAAAAUUUCAUUGGAACAACAUUUCUAGUUUUAGUUUCCAGCAGCAGAAGAUCCACCCAAAGAGCGUGGAUGUACCUGCAUACGUUUAAUUUGCACUAAAAGAGACAAGAAAAUAAAUAAUGGACCUCCCAGCUGAAUUGAUAAUGAUGUCAAUGUGAUUGAAUGGAAGCAUUAAAAAUAUUUAUUUUUCAACUCACAACAUAUUGUUUAAGUUAAACCAAAUUAUCCAUAUCUCUCAGACAUUGCCAAAAAUAAAGCAAUUUAUUCUCUCACAACUUAAAUUUAAAAAUAAGUGAAACACAUUUUCAAUAAGUAUAAUUAAAACAAUAUAUUGAAAUAAUGUUGGCAUUCAAAUCAUUACCUAUAUCAGGCCUGCACAACAUACCACCAGCACGCCAGCACCCACUUUGCGGCCCUCAAAGUAAGAAAUUUUUUUUUUUUAUUAUUAUUUUCUUAAUACCUUUACCCCCCUGUCCAAUUUUCUUUCUGCUGCACAAGUUUUUCAUAAAUUAUUACGGCCCACCUUACAUUUUGAGUUGUGCAGGUCUGACCUAUAUAUUCAGCUUUACAUGGUGCUAUAAUUAAAUCAUGAAUGCAUAGAAAAACAUGUAAAAAAUUAACUUAUUCAUCUUUUCUAUUUGCGUUAAGUAUUAAUUAAUUAUUUUUACCAUUCUGUUUGAUACAUUGUUAAUUUUUUCAGGUCCAUGUAUUAAAACAAUACUUAAACAUGAAAGUAAAGACUUUAGAACAAGUGAAAGAGCUUCAGCAGCAUCCUUUGAAAAUUCGUAACAUAUGUAUACUUGCUCACGUGGAUCAUGGUAAAAAAAUUGGCAGAUGUUUAAAACAUUUUUUUUUAAUGAGCAUAUUUUAAAACUUUUCUUAUAGUGUGCUUUAAAAAAGUAAAUAUUUACUGUUGGAUUUAGAUGCUAUUGAUACAGACAUUCAUUUGUGUAUUUACACAGGGAAAACAACAAUUGCUGAUUCUUUAGUUGCCUGCAAUGGAAUAAUUUCAAAGAGAAAUGCAGGAAAGGUGUGUUCAAUAAUUUAGAAUAUUUGUUUGUUCUCUUGUGAUGAUAAAUAUUAUGGCAGAUAUGGAAAGUUUGCACAUUCGGUAACAAAAGUACAUUUCUAAAUAUCCUUUAUAAUGGUGGCCUAUAUGGUUAAUUAUUUAAAGUUAAUUUUAAAUAUAUUUAACUGCUGGCUUUACAAGCUGCAUACAUUUUGACAAAAAUUAGCAGUUUCAGUUUAAUGAAAACUUAUUUUGAAAAUUAAUUAAUUAUUUUUACGUGUAUGAAAUCCUAACCUAUCAUAACAAAAAUUCUAGAUACGCUACAUGGACAACAGAGAAGAUGAGCAGGAGAGGGGAAUUACAAUGAAAGCUAGUGCUAUAACUCUAGUUUAUGAAAAACCUGUUAAAGGUAAUACCUUUUAUUUUAUUUUGAUCCCCUAAAAGAGAUAAAUAUAACUCCUUAAAAGUUCAAAAGUGUAUAUAUUUUCUUUAGUUAAAAUAUAUAAUUUUUUGAAUUCCAUGUAAAUGUAGAUACAGCACCCAAAAAUUAAAUAGCAUAAAAUUUGGUUCUUUAUAAAUUAAUUUCAUGCAUCUUGGUAUGGAGUCAUUUUUAGUAUCUUUGUUUUGUGUGAAACUUGACCUGGUGGCCAUCUUGAAUUAAGAACAUAUUGUCUGCACUUUUUAAUAGAAAUUUUGUUGAAUUUUAUUGUCUUAACAUCUAAUAAAUAAAGUUUAUUUAAAUGCUACUGUGAAGUAUUUGUAAUUUUGUUAAAGAAUGGAUGUUGUUGAAUUUCUUUUUAUGGCAUUCGGGCACGUUACACCAGUUACAACAUCAUUUUACAGCAGUUGCAUUAUUUUAUUUGUAUUUUUUUCAAUGUGCUUUCUAAGUAGUUUUUAAAGUUUUUCAUUAGAAAAGUAAAAACUGUAGAUAAUUAUGUUGAAAAAAUGUAUUUUAAUUAAGCAGAUUUCUGAAAUUUCAGAGGAAAUCAACCAAGAAGAUGCUAACAUUUAUUAUUUUAAGACUUAAUAUAUUUUUAUAAAUACUAUGUUUUGAAAGUCUACCAAUUUAAAACUCAAACCAUGUAUAGUUUAAUUAAGCACACUUAAUGGCCUUUUUCAUUUAUACUGGAAGCGAAUUGAAUUACAUCAGUUACCAUGGAAUUCAUCUUGUUUUGAAUUUUAAUAAGAUAGUGCCACUUCUAAUGAGCUCUUACCAGCCUUUUCACAUCUAAAAACCUGUUGAAUUCCAUUAAGGCUCAUGAAGGUACAAGAUAUAACUAUAACAAGAUAGCAUUUAGAAAGAUAGAUCAAAGCAGUGAAUGUUAAUAAUGUUAUAAACCAAAAAUACUUGGUUUUAGACAACAAAUAGUCAUAAUGAAUUCAUUAGCUUGUAUGACUGCUGGUCGUGUCUUCAUUUUAUUUUUAUUUAUUGGUAUAUUCAGCUCCUGUCACAUUGUAAUGAUUUUUCUAAAAGGCACAAGUGAAGAAUCUCCCACAAAUCAGUACCUUAUUAAUUUAAUUGAUUCUCCUGGCCAUGUGGAUUUUUCAAGUGAAGUAACCACAGCAGUUCGAUUGUGUGAUGGAGCCAUUGUGGUUGUAGAUGUAGUUGAAGGAGUGUGUCCUCAGGUUAGUGUCCUAAGCUUACUUUCCUGGUUAGCAUACAUCUGACCUCCUCAGUUAUAAUUUAGGAAUAUAUGUGCAUUUUGUGUCUUAGCAAAUAUUUUAUGGUGUUCUUAGUCAUAUGAAAAUUAUAUAGUGAACCUCAAUUUACAUUUGACUUCUGAAACUAUGAUAAGCUUUAAUUAAAAUUUCAUGAACAUUAUUUAAAACAUUUUUUUAAAAAAUAUAAUUGAUUUUGUGUUUAAUUUUUUUGAAUUUCAGACUCAGGCAGUUAUGAGACAGGCAUGGCUAGAAAAUAUUCGUCCAAUCCUUGUGCUAAAUAAAAUUGAUCGUCUUAUAUCUCAGUUAAAGAUGACACAGAUUGAAGCAUACUAUCAUCUGAUACAAAUUUUAGAACAGGUUUGAAAUGCUUUAUACUUAUCGUAUGGAAUGGUUGAAUUUAAGGAUGUUAAAUGGUAAUCACAUCACCUGUUAUUGGUUUAAAUAACUAUUAUCAGUUAUGGGCCUUUAAAAAUCAAUAUACAAAACAUUUUUUGAUGUAACCAAGAAGAGAAAUGAAUUACAAAAAAAAACAAUAAUAAUUUUUAAGGAAAACAAAAUUAAAUCACAUAUUUAAAUUGAAAAAGGUUUUGGUGUAAUGAAAGUACCUAUAUUUCUUUGAUCUCAUAAGCAGUCAUUGCGGUUAUAUACAGCCCACUAAGCAAGUAUUGGAGUACCUACUAUGAAAUCCAAUAAUAUCUAUAAUCAUCUGAAAAUUAGAUUUUUUAAACCAAUAAAUAGUUUGCCAAAAAAAACCCCCAUUAUAUUAACAUUCCUAGUUGUAUUUAAUUGUUUUUCGAAACUGUUGCAGUUACAUUACACUAAUUUAAAUAUUUAAAAAAAAAACAUCUUAGAAGGCACAUCUGAUAUAAGACACUUUACUAGAAUUAAGUUGAUAUACUUUUUUUUUCUCCAGAUUAAUUUGUUUACCAACCAGUUAUUUACUUCUGAUGCAAUGGAGAAACUAUCAUCGGUAUGUUUAAACUAUUCUAAAUAACUCUUUAUUCUUGGAUUGGCAGGAAAAUUGUAGUGUUAAAUUCGAUAUAGCAUUAAUCCUAUAGUUACACUUUCUAAACAAAUAGAAAAUUAGUUUUUAAACAUUUAAUUUUUUUUUUAAAAAUUAAUACAAGCUCCUAUUUUAAAAUAAAUAAGUAAUAUAGCAUAAUAAUAAAUAAAGCCCAUAAGCAGGCUAAGUGAGUAGGUAGGGAGGGGGCUAUACUCGCUCAAAAUUUUUUUUGAGAGCAUAUAAAGAUCUAUAAAAUAUGAACAAAAUCAACACAUAAAAUACCAAGGAUUUGGCUAGGAGCUGGAGCAAGUAUUUUACUUUUUGCCAGGAGCUGAAGGUAUUAAAAUAUUCUUACUGCUCCAAAAUUUUAAAAAAAUAUUAACUUAACUUUUCUUUCAUAUAAAAUUUGAAUUUCGUAAUUUUUUAAAAACUUUAAUUUUUCCUUCUUAAUUAAAGAAACAAUUUGUGAAAAUUGAUGCACUAUUCUUCUACCUGCUAUGUUGCCUCACACCUCUACGAGCAAUGUUGCCCUACUCUUGUACCAUAUAUGUUGCCCCACUCUUCUACCAACUAUGAUGCCCCAUACUUCUACCAGCUAUGUUGUCCCACUCUUCUAGCAGCUAUGUUUCCCAACUCUUCUUAAGAUUUGCUGCAGGUGCAUGCAUUUCUAUUGCCUAGUUAAUAAGAUGGGUUAGUAACAUUUCUUUAACACUUAGUACCCCACCUCCCUUUUUUUUUCAUUUAACACCCCCGCUAUCUAUCCCUCCUCCCUUUUUAAUUUUGCCGUAGCUCAGAACGGAGCGGUGCUCUGCCAAAAAAGCCUGCUCUAAAUCCCUGUAAAUUACUUUAAAGGUUAUCAUAACUAGUGGUGUGUGGUGUCUUCUGCCCUCUGUGUUUUAUGCUGAGGUGGUGCUUAUGAUUUAUUUAUUAUUGUGUUAAUCGGGUUGCAUCCCCAUAUUUUUUAAUGGCACAAAAUACAUUGUUUAAAUUAAUUUUUUUAAGGAUACCAACAUUGAUGGACUUAGCCAGCAAGAUAGUACUGAACUGAAUGUAAGCUUUAUCUUUUCAACCACAUUUACUUUUUAUGUUUGCUAAUAAAGUUUCAGCAAUUGUUUGUUAUCUUUCAUUUGUAUCAAGUCUAUAAACAAAUGGAGGCUAAUAUAUAAUCUAAUUAUUUCCUUUAGACCUAUGAUUGGACUGUGAUUGAAGAUAAGGAAGAACACAAGAAUAUCUAUUUUUGUCCUGAGUUAGGAAAUGUGGUAUUUGCAAGUGCUAUUGAUGGCUGGGGAUUUACGUAGGUUAAAAGUUGUUUUUUUUAUUGUAGUUUAAAAUAGUAUAAUCUGAGUUAUUAGUUAACUGCAAGAGGCUUAAGGUUGUUAAAUUAGUAAUUUCACUUUUCUCAUUUUUACCUUUUAGAUGUUCUAAUUAUUGUCAUUUGUCCAACAAAAAUCUGCAUACAUGCUAAUGCUGGUAACAUAAAUAAUACACCUUUUAUUCAAAUAGCAUAGGGGACUUUGCUAAAAUGUAUGCUGUAAAGCUUGGUGUCAAGGAGCAUAUUCUUCAAAAAACUUUAUGGGGAGAUUAUUAUAUCAACAUGAAGGCAAAGCGUAUAAUGAAAGGAGCUCAGGUACCUUAAUAUUAAUUUUAGGUGUCUUGAAAGGCUGUAUGGAUCAUUGGAUGUGUUAUCACAAAGCUAGGAUAAUAAAAGAAGGAAAUAUUAGAGCAAAGUAUGUGGAAGCUUGUCCUGUCUUUGAAGUCAAGCUUCCACAUACCUUGUAUUAUUUCUUCACAAAACUAGGUAGUGUAAAAAAGAAUUUUUUAAGCUAUUUAAUUAUUACAUGAUUAUCUGUCAAAUACAAGAAAAAAAUUUUACACAUUCAAAUUUUUUUUUUUAAUCAGUCAAAGGGAAAGAAACCACUGUUUGUUCAGUUUGCUUUUGACAAUAUUUGGGCAGCCUAUGAUGCUGUUUUAGAAAAGAGGUAACAUUUACAACUGUUUUGAACUUAGAAAUUAAGCUUAGAUAGCAAUACUUCCUGACUUACAUGUGUAAUAAUUUUUUUAAGUUCUAUAUAUUUUUGGAUCUCUAAAUAAGGUUUCAAACACGCAAGGAAUAAUGUCAGAGAUAAAUGUUAGAAAAUAUUUUAAAUUUUAGAGAUCCCUCAACGAUUGAAAAAAUCAUCAAAUCUCUUGAGCUGACAAUACUGCCAAGAGAUAUGCGGAAUAAGGAUCCUCGUUUUCUUCUUCAAGCUAUUAUGGGUCAAUGGUUGCCUUUAUCAGAGGCUGUACUUGGUAAUUUAUUCAUUUAUUUUUAGUUGUUGGAAUAUACGUAAAGUAAUACACAAAGGAUAAAUAGUGUUAAUCAAUGCAGUAUUAAAGCUAAAUUAUAUGAUUCCUAGUUUAAUAUGUAAAAUAAUUUUUUAAUGUGUUAAAUAGUGUUAAAAAAUGACCAUACUGUGAAAACUUCAGCUUCAGUAUUAAUGAUGUUACCGACUCUUUUGAUAUUUUUGUUUGACUAAUUUACUAUUUUGGUGGUACUACAUUUAAAUAAUAUAGAUCAUUUUCAAAGCUCAAUAUGUAAAUACAUAAGCAAGGUUGAGUAAUCUUCACUAUGUUUUAUUCUGGAAUAGAUAAUAUUAAAAAAUAAUUAGAAAAGCUUAAAGUUUAACAUUCCUUUUAUUAUAUUUAGCCACAGUGGUUUCUUGCACCCCAUCACCCCUGCAGAUGUCAGAGGAAAGAGUACAAGCUCUUAUGUGUAGUAAAACUCGUCAGUUUUCAUCACUUCCAGUGCUGACACAAGAACUGAAAAAAGGUUUGGAGACAGUGCAAUUCUUGUUUUCUUCAUCUAAAAAGUUUGUUUUUUAAAAUUGCUGGUUAUUGAAACUUAAUUUGAAAUAUCAAUAGUUGCUUUAUUAAUAUUUAACUUUUCUUUUUUUUUUAAAGAUUUCCUGGCAUGUGAUGGCAGCACUGAUGCUCCUGUCAUUGUAUAUGUGUCUAAGAUGUUCCCAAUGGAUAAAAAAUGUUUGCCACAAAAUAAAGCGAGGUAAGAUUUCUUUAAUUUUCCCGUUAGAAAUUGGUUUGUUCAUUGAACUAAAAUUAACAUAUUUUGAAAUGUAGACAGAGUUGCCUAGUGUCAUUUGUGUAUAUGACUGACUUUGCUAAUUUAAUAUUUACAAUUUCUAAAAAUAAUAAUUACUUCUUUUCACUCAUUCCAAGUUAUAUUUUUUAUAAUAUACCAACUGAAACAUUCUAUUGCAUAAAUAUUUGAUUUCACCCUCCCUAAUUUUAUUUAAAGCUACACAGUGCCAAAAAAACAAAGUUUUCAUUUAAAAAAUCCUGCUCACACUAACUCAAAAGGUGGUAACCUGUGGGUCUUUGUAUGUGUAGAUGCUGCUUUUUUUUUCUUACUAAACAGUAAUGAAAGGCAACUCUCAUUUUUACUUUGUAGAUAUUAAAGUCAUGUGAUUUAUAAAAAUAGCCCCACACAAAAAAAAAGGUUGCAAAUCUCUGAUCUAAUUUAAGCAUUUGAGUUUGGAAAUAUAAUGCUUUAUAUAAGUAUUUACUAAAGAUGCAUUAUUAAUAGUUAUGGUUAUUUCAUACGAAGAUUUCCAUGUGAGAUUUACUAAGCAUUAGGAUACAAUAAUUAUAAUGCUGUACAGGCCUUUAACAGAAGAAGAAUUACAUUUUCGACGGGAGGAAGCUAGGCGGAGACAUGCUGAGAUUUCUGCUAAUCAAGUGAAAGUGCCAGUAGGAGAAAAUGCUUGCAAAGAAAUAACUUCUCCAAAAGUUGAUACAGUAGUAUGUUCACAGGGUAAGAUUUAACACAUUUGCCUAUUAUUAUUAUUUAGGCAUUUUUGUAUAGGGCUUACCUUACAGCUCUAAGUGCUUUACAAUUAUUAAAAAUAUGUAAACUAUUUAAAUUGCUAAAGCAAAAUAAAAAUGAACAACCUGAGACAAUAGAAUAGUAAGUAACUAUAAAUUAUCUUCAGAAAAGAAUAUUUAAAAAUUCACAUGAAGAUGAUACAUCGAAAAGUUCCUUGAAUAAUCAUUUUUUUGUGAAUUAGUUUGCAAUGUUUCCAAAGUAACAAAAUUUUUCUACCAAUGUUAUGGGCCUUUAAAUUUAAAAACUAGACACUGUGCCCAUGAAAUAUAGAAAAACUUGUAUAUGCUAUUCCUAUGAGAAAGCAACAUUCUAUUUUCAAAACUAGUGAAAUUUGUUAUUGAGAAAUUAACUUUUUAUUUGGAUCUGAUCUGUUAAAUUUUUAGAAUUAAUUUCUGCACUGUGAGGCACAUGUAUGAAGACAGAUUUCUGUGCUCUUAAUGUAGCUUCUUAUAUCAUCUAAUGUUUAUUGUUAUCUAUACAUUUGUAUAAUGAUUUGUGAUUCAUCUAACUAACAAAACCAAAUGAAGUUGUAAGAUAUUAAUAAACUUUGAUUUGAUUUAAUUUAGAUUCAUCUGAAGAAAAUGGAGAGGAUCAUGUGUUCAUUGCUUUUGCAAGAAUAUUCAGUGGUACCAUUCGUAGAGGUGCAACAGUAUUUUUUUUGGGUCCUAAACAUGAUCCUGGAGAAAUUUUAAAUGAGGUAAAAAGAUUUUUAUUGAACGGUUUUGUUUAUUUGUAUAUAUAAUAUAUUUAUCAUGAAAUUACAUCGUCAUGCAAGGGCAUAAUUUAAACAACUUGAAAUACUUGAUUUUUAAGCCUACGUAAUAGUUUGUAAACACAAAAAUUGGUUGAUAUUUUUUAAACAUAAACCAUUUUUCUAACCAUGUUCUUUAGUUGUCCUCACUGUCACCAGAAGACAUGGCCGGUCAACCUGACUUACUGACAAGAUAUCCACACAUAAUUCCUGUUCAGAUCAAUGAGCUUUAUCUCUUCAUGGGCAGAGAGCUUGAAGCUCUAGAUGAGGUAUCAGCUGGAAAUGUCCUUGGGAUUGGGGGAUUAGAGGCCCAUAUCCUAAAGUCUGGGACAUUGGCGUCUAGAGUUACAUGCCCUGCCUUUACAGACAUGUUUUUUGAUGGAUCCCCAAUUGUAAGGGUUGCUGUGGAGCCUGUCAAUGCCUGUGAGAUUUAUUUUCAAUGUAUUUACUUGAAUGUUUUACAUACAGCAUUUCUGAAGGCCUCUUCGGAGCGUCCAACUCUUUUUCAUUUUGUAGUUUAAAUGAAUAAAGUUAACUAUCUCUAUCCUGAAUGCUUUUGAUCAAUAUACAUUAAUAUUAUCAUGACUUAUAAUUAGUGUGCCCAUUUAAGGGAGUAAGAAAAAACAAAAGCUUAACAACAUUGUGAGUUCCUAAUAGAGUUACAAAAGAGAAUCGAAAUUUUCUUUUUCUUCUAAAAGUAAAACUUAUUUUUUCCCCGCUAGGUGAUAUGAAUCGUCUUGUGAAGGGCUUGAAACUGUUGAACCAGGCAGAUCCUUGUGUUGAAGUGAGAAUUCAAGAGACAGGGGAACAUGUUAUUGUGGCAGCAGGAGAAGUUCAUCUUCAACGUUGUAUUGAUGAUCUUAAAGAAAGGUGGGUCAUUAUUUUUUCAUUAAGAUAAUAAACGAGUCUCAUAACGUCACUAUAUGCAUGAACACAAUAAAUUAACUCUUUACAGUCCGAUGCGCCCGAAAUGCGCCGAUUUUUUCCUUAAGCGUACAGUCCGUUGCGGCCAAAACCGCCCGUUUCGAGGUUGUUUACUUUCGUUCUUAGCACAGCGGAAAUACAUUGCUCAUUUCUUUACAGUCCGAUGCGCCCGAAAUGCGCCGAUUUUUUCCUUAAGCGUACAGUCCGUUGCGGCCAAAACCGCCCGUUUCGAGGUUGUUUACUUUCGUUCUUAGCACAGCGGAAAUACAUUGCUCAUUACUAUUAAUAGUUCUACCAGAAGAAAGCCUCGUUUCUGCCAUUAUUUUUAAUACCAACUUGAACGUGGUGCGCUUAGGGGCUCAUUUUCUAUGAUUUUUUGAAAAGUUGUGAUUUUUCGCUUCAAAAAAAAUGGCUUUCCAAGCAAUGGAUAAAAUUUUGAAAGAGCUUAGGUCUAAUGAAGCUUCAUUAUUUCAUGAUUCCAGCAGUGAUAGUGGAGAAUCGGAUAUAGACAUUAAUGUAAAUGACGCUACUAGUGAUAGUGAUUCAAGUGGAGAAGAUAAUAGUAGUGACAUCGAUGAAAAUGGACCUAUAAUAACUACAAAUGAUCACACAGAUCAGGAAUGGUCUGCAAAUUUUUCAAGCAUCGAAUUGUUCCCAUUCACAGAGCAAUCAGGCCCUAAGCAUAAUUUGCCUGAGGAUGCAGUUGCCUAUGAUUAUUUUUCUUUGUUUAUCCCUGAUAGUUUCUACCAACACGUGUCAGAACAAACAAAUUUAUAUGCAAUCCAGAGUGCAACAAAGUGUGGUAAAAAAGACUCUUACUGGCACCCAGUUUGCUCCAAUGAGAUCAAGAAGUUUUUUUAUAUAAAUAUAAUGUUUGGGAUCCACCACAUGCCAGAAGUUGACUCAUACUGGUCUCUAGACCAAAGACUUAGAGUUCCAGCCGUAGCUGACAUUAUGGGUAAAAACCGAUAUAAGAAAAUAAGUCAAUAUUUGCAUCUAAAUGACAACAACAAUGCUGUUGCUAAGGGACAGCCAGGCUACGAUCCUCUAUUUAAAAUUAGACCCCUUCUGGACAUUAUAAUAAAAAACAGCCAGGAAAAUUAUUACCCAGGAAAGGAACUGAGCAUUGAUGAGGCUAUGAUAAGCUUCAAUGGGAGAUUGUUUUUCAAACAAUACAUAAAAGCCAAACCGACUCCAUGGGGCAUCAAAGUUUGGUGCAUAGCUGACCCCCGCAAUGGGUACAUGUGUAAUUUUAAAUUUUACACCGGCAAAGUAAAUGACCCAAUGCCACAUGGCAUAGGCCACCAUGUCAUCUUUACUGUGGGAGGACCAUAUUUAGAAAAGGGACACCAUUUUUACUUUGACAAUUAUUUUUCAAGUGUCAAACUUGCUGAGGAUUUGCUGAAUGUGAACACUCAUUGUUGUGCAACAAUCCGCACCAACAGGAAGGGGUGGCCACUACGCGCAGAAAAGAUGAAAGGUGGUGAUGUAAGAUGUUUGCAGAAAGGCAGGUUGCUGGCAACAACUUGGUGUGACAAGAGACAAGUGUCCAUUCUGUGCACCAAUACAGAGAGUGGUGUGGAAACUGUAAGUAGAAAAUCAAAGGAAGGGCCCAGAGAUGUUACUAUUCCUCAGCCCAUCCUCACCUACAACAGGCAUAUGGGUGGUGUGGAUUUGGCUGACCAGUACAGAUCCUACUACCCUGUAGGGAGAAAAUCCAAAAAAUGGUGGAGGUAUGGUCUUUGGUUCCUAAUACAAGUAGGAAUAAUCAACGCCUUCACUAUUAUGAAGGAGACCAUGAAACCCUCCACUCCCAAAAGAAAUAAUCCAGCCUCCAAUCAUCUCCAUUUCCGCCUAGACUUACUAUCAGGAAUGCUAAACUCCGUAGCUCAGCAGCUAAAGAGAAACACUGAUAUAGUUUCUGUUGCAGCAACAGCGCAGCCGUCAUCCUAUAAGCACGAGCAGAUGAGACUUUCUGGAAGGAAAAAGACGUGCCACUUCUGCAGCAAGACCGGCAAAAAAAACAAUAGUGGAAGAGCCCUAGAAACUGUUUUUGGGUGUAAUUUUUGCCACAUUCACCUCUGUAAGGGUGUGUGCUUUGCAGAGUUUCAUCAGAGACUAUAAGAUAGAAUAUAAUUUGAUUGACAGAGGACAACAUGCAGAAUUUAAAAAAAAAAAUUUUUGGGUGUAAUUUUUGCCACAUUCACCUCUGUAAGGGUGUGUGCUUUGCAGAGUUUCAUCAGAGACUAUAAGAUAGAAUAUAAUUUGAUUGACAGAGGACAACAUGCAGAAUUUAAAAAAAAAAAUUUAAAAUAUUUUUUUCUGGAUUUUUUAAUAGUCAAACUAUUUUGAUUUCACCUUCACAAUGUCACCCACAACAAAGUAUGUCCAUUUAUCUGUUUUAGGUAUUUUUAAUUUAAUUUUAUGACGUUUAGUUUAUUUUCUGUGAAUUAAUUAAACAAAGAACCUUGAUUUAAAAUAGAGUUAUGUCCCUUUGCUUGGUCGCAGGGAGUAGAAAAGGCUGAAAAGGCUUGGACUGUAAAGGGUUAAGGAGAUCAUUUUCUAAGUUAACCCUACUUAUUACUGACUAAUAAAUUUUACCAGUGAAUUUGAGUAUGUGCUAAUCAAGAUCAUAUGGCACUUUAUUAACCGACCAUCACAGCCUUCAAAACUGCACUCAAAACACAUCUUUUUAAACUCUACUGUCCUGACUGAUUCCCCCUCUGACCGAAAAACGAUGCUGCUGGGUGUCAUCCAUGGCUUGACAUGUAAAUAGUUUUAAAAAUACAUUUGUUUUGUUUUAUUUAAUUAAUGUAUGUUAAUUAAUUUUUUACGUUUUUGAUUAUGUUUGUUAAAUUGUAUGUACAGCGUGGUGAGCCCAGCCCUAGGCUGGGGUACAACCCUAUAUAAAACCACUUAUAUUAAUAAUAAUAAUAAUUAUUAGUAUUACUAUAAACCCACAAAAAAAAGUGAAAGAACAAAGUGCUCUUAAUUUUCAGUUCUGAAUCCAACUAGGCUUUAUGAAGUUAAGAAAAUUUUAAAAAUACAAAAGAAAAAUGUCGUUCUUAUAACAUUUUUCUGAUUUUUCGCAUUUGCUGGUCCAACAAUUUGGAACGCCCUUCCUGUCGAUCUCAGAAACAACCAGACACUGGAGUCCUUUAAAACCGAUUUAAAGACACAUCUAUUUCGCAAACACCUUCUGGGAUGAUUGUCAACCUUAUUUUCCAGUUAAUGCAUAAUGGCUGUGUUGCUUAUGGUUGAAAUGGCUAGAAAGACUUUGCCAUUGUAUGCUUGUACUUAGUUUUUGUAGUGUUGCGUUUGUUUUAAAUGUGGUAAAUUAUAGAUUUGUUUUUUGUUGACUUUGUACCGCGCUUCGAGCCUUUGGGGAUGAAGCGUGUUUUUGAAAUGAACUUUAUUAUUAUUUAUUAUUAUUAUAUUUAUUUAACAUCCAAAUGUUAACAGACGACGUUAAUCCAUGCCUCUAAUGACGUUAUGGUAAUUAGUGGCUAGAAAUAUCCUACUAAAAAUAUAUUUGUUAAACAAAUUUCAAUUUUUUUCAAGUCAUUAAAUAGUGUUAGAGAGUCAGUUAUUGCAAACGGCCCGAUCUCGAGGCAAUGUAUUAUCGAAUUUGGAGUACCCCAGGGCUCAGUUCUAGGACCGGUGCUUUUCACUAUGUACGUUCAGCCCCUGGGUGCAGUGAUCAAGCAGUUAGACUUGCUAUAUCACAUGUUCUCGAAUGAUACCCAACUUCAGCAAUCCGUGACCCCCUCUCAGUUCCCUAAGCUUCUUAGUAUGACGCAGAAGACAGUGGAGUCAGUUAAGCACUGGAUAACAAUGAACUAGCUCAAAUUGAACAAUGAAAAGACCGAGCUGAUCCCAAUUGCUAUUGCUCAAAAGCUAAAAUCUGUAAAUAACAAAAUUCCUUACUCUCUCAGUUGUGCAGAUUGAGUUUGCUCAAACAGUGCGAAACCUUGGUGUCUACUUAGACAGAAUACUAACUAUGGAAAAUCACAUUAACGUGCUUUGCAAGGCAAAUUUUCUAGAGCUGCACAGAAUUAGUUUUAUCAGACUUUCUUAACGUUUAACGUUUGAUGCAUCAAAGAGGCUGAUAUCUGUAUUCAUGUUAUCACGCAUGGAGUACUGCAAUGCUCUCAUGGUGGGUUUUCCAGCUAUGCUCCUGGAUAAAAUGCAAAAAGCACAGAAUAAUGUGGCUCGCAUUGUUUUUCAUAAACGCAAAUUCGACCAUGCUAAAACACUUCUGAGAGAGCUGUAUUGGCUGCCUGCCCGUACUCGCAUAGAGUACAAAAUUGCAACUCUGUGCUACCGCCGCUUGCAUGACCUGGUGCCGUCCUAUCUCAAAUCGCUCAUGAUGCCUCAUGUACCCACUGGACAACACCACUCAUCCUAUAGUGGCAAACUCUUGAUACCGCGUGUUCGCCUUGAGACUUACGGAAGACGCAGUUUUGCCAUUGCUGGCCCAACAAUUUGGAAAAACCUUCCUGUCGCUCUCAGCCAGACACUCGAAUCCUUCAAAACGGAUUUGAAAGCACAUCUAUUUCGCAAACAUCUGCAGGGGUGAUGUUGUCUACCAUCUUUUCCAGCUAGCUAUUAUCUUCUAGAUCAGGGGUCGGGAACCUUUUUGUCUGAGAGAGCCAUGGACACCACAUAUUUUGAAAAGUAAUUCUGUGCCAUACAUUAUGUUUAAAACUAAAAUUCAAGUAAAUGUGUGCAUUUUGUAUAAUUUCAACACUAAAAAUGCAAUAAUUAUGUCUCUGAAUUCUAUUUAAUAACAUUGUUAUGCUGUUGCUAAUCAAUAAUGAGUAUUUCUUACCAUUAAUGUGACUUUUUUUUAUAAUCGAACAUUUGUCUGUGAGCCAGAUGCAGCCAUCAAUAGAGCCACAUCUGGCUCGCGAGCCAUAGGUUCCCGAUCCCUGUCCUAGAUUUAUAUUGGCUUGUGUUGUUUAUAGUUGAAAGGGAUGAAAGACUUUGAAUGGAUAUGCUAGUUUGUAAUUUUUGUAGUGUUGCGUUUUGUUUUAAUGUGGUAAAAUGUAGAUUGUUUCAUUUCUCUUUUAAUAUGGUUGACUUUGGGGAUGAAGCGUGAUUUUUUAAAAAUAACUUUAUUAUUAUUAUAAAAAAGCAAUAUUUUUCAAUGUCAGUCUCUGUGAGUACAUUACAUGGAGAAAACCUCUUUGCAUGCACAAGAUAUAAAUGUAAAAAAAAAAAAAAGCUCUGGUCCAUAUCAAAUCAUAGAUAGACCUCAUGGUACAAAAAAUAGUAAUACAACUAUACUUAAAAGUGCUUAUAUGUUCAUUUGUUGUAUUCCGUUUUUGUUGCUAACCAGAUAUGGCAAGGUAGAUGUGAAUGUCUCGAAACCAAUAGUUCCAUUUCGGGAGACAAUAGUUCUUCCUCCCAAAGUUGACAUGGUGAAUGAAAGUAUAGAAAAUGAAGAAAACGGUGAUGAAGAUAACAAGCGACUAAUUCAAGUGAGUUCAACAUUUUAAGGAAAUUUUGAUUCAUUGAAUGCAUUAAAAAAACACUCUUUCCAUGCAUCAUUCAUGAAUAAUGGAAGAAAAGGGAAGUUGGGUGAGAUUUUUACAUUUUAUACAAUUUUGUUUGUGUACAAAAUUAUUAGCAUAUUACUUUGAUAAUAUCCUUAAUAGCCAGGCCGUAACACAUUUUUUUCCUUUGAUCAAAAUCCUUUUCAGCACAUCAUUAUCUGUUUUGAUAACUUUGAUAAAAAUAAAAGAAUCAAUAUUUUUAGAUUUUGGUCACAGCAUUAUCAUGUUUACCACUUCUUUGAUAAAUGUAUUUACUCUCUUUUGAUUUUAUGAUUAUAAAUAAUCUGAAAUUCGAAUAUAAUACAGGCUUCAACUGUUGAUAGGCAGUGUCAUUUCCUUUUGAGAGCAACACCACUACCUGGUAAUGUUGCAGAUAUUUUGUUACAACAUCAGCAGAGUUUGAAGGCUCUAGACUCUUUGAUAUCAGCAAAUACAACUGGUCGUUCAGAUGUGCAGGUACUUAAAAAUCUUAUUUAGAAUUUCAUGUUGAGCACAUGUAACAAAGUGAUGGAUCUAAUUUGUUAUGGUAAUUAAUGUAUGUUAAAUAAUUUUGUUUGAGUGCCAAUUAGUACUGUAAAAUAUUGAAACUGAAAUAAUUUACUAACCGAAAAGCUGUGCAAGCUAUUUUUUUUCAACCCAUUAAGAAACUAAUUAUAUUAUAUUUAAAUAGACCAUGAAACCCUGUGAAUUAAUCAUUUUAAAUAAGAUUUAUCCUUAUGCAUGUUCCAGUCAGGUUACUCUAUUACAGAGAGUGCUAAGGAGACUCUUUUAAACAUCAAACUUCAGCUCAAAGAAGAAUUCGACAAAGCAGGUCCAGAAUGGAAUGGGGCAGAAAGUAAAAUUUGGUGUUUUGGACCAAGACGCUGUGGGCCAAAUAUACUUCUUAACCAUGUGAAAGAUUAUAACAGACCAUCUGUUUGGCAUGCAGUUGAAUCUGAACCGCAAGGUACCUGCAAACUAGCUGAAUUCGACAACAGCGUGGUUGUUGGAUUUCAAAUGGCAACAUUAGCCGGCCCUUUGUGUGAGGAACCUAUGCAUGGUGUUUGUAUAAUUGUUGAGAAUUGGUGGUAUGGAGACAAGAUAAAAUCAACUACUCUAUUGACAGUUUCUAACAAGAAUCUCGAAGAAAAUGUGAAAAGGUCAGAUAAUUUACAAAAAGAAAGUGGAGACACAUAUGAUCAUGUAUGUUCUAAUUUUAAAUCACAAGCCUCUAUAUCUGAAGAUAAAUCAACUUUAUCUGUAGAUGGAAACUCUUCAAGGUUUUCACUUCAUGGUCCUGAAAAUAUUCAAUGGCAAACUAAUGUAUAUGGACCUCUUUCUGGCCUGAUAAUAUCCACAGUGAAAGAGGGCUGUCGGAGAGCAUUCCAAGCACAACCUCAACGAUUAAUGGCAGCGAUGUAUAGAUGUGAAAUUCAAGCUAACAUGGAUGUGCUGGGUAAGUGUUGUUUUGAUAAACUAACAUAAGCAUUAUUGACUGAAAGAAAAAACUCUGAGCCUUAGAUAUAGAACUCUGUUACUAAAAGUUAAUCAAUUAAAAUCAUUGGAAUUCAAAAGCCCCUGACGAAGCCUUUAAAUCUUAAUGAAACUCCUUUCAGGAAAACUCCAUGGAGUUUUAUCUAAACGUCAUGGUCAGGUAUUGUCUGAUGAAAUGCUUGAAGGCACUGCCAUGUUUAACAUUACUGCCGCUCUUCCUGUUAUUGAGAGCUUUGGAUUUGCUGAAGAUAUGCGUAAAAAAACAAGUGGGCUUGCUAGUCCUCAGUUAAAGUUUUCACACUGGGAGGUAAGCUAACAAAUUUUUGUAAUGAAUUUAUUUCAAGCUGGUAAAAUCUAAAUUUUAGUUUAGAAUAUAGAAUCUAUAAACAGUUAUUUUUAUUAGAUAAAAUUUGUGGUACGGUAAAUGGGAAUACAAAAUUAAUUAUACUUGAAAACCAUGCCCAUUUUUUAAAUCAAGAAACACUUGAAAGUGCACUGGUCUCAACUUUCCACAGAUCAUAUCUGUAGAUCCUUUCUGGGUACCAACCACUGAGGAAGAAUAUUUGCAUUUUGGGGAAAAAGCUGACGCACAGAACAGAGCAAUGGUGUACAUGAACAAGGUGCGCAAACGUAAAGGUCUCUCAACUAAUGAAAAGAUAGUGGAGUUUGCAGAAAAGCAAAGGACUUUGACAAAAAAUAAGUGAAUUUCUAAACCAACUGGAUGUGGAUUCAUGCUUGGAGGAACUGUAAGAACCCCAGAGUACAAAUAUUGGAACUGUAAACAUCUCAAAAUCUAUUCAUUGAUUUCCUGACAUUUGUAUAAGAAAACACACUGCACUGAUCUGAAAAUUGUUGCAGUAGCCAAAUCUCCAAUGGAUGGAAUAAGUGGUCAUGGUGCAAAUGAAAAUCGGCUUCUGUCAGGUCAAAUAAAAUACUUGCUUUGCCAGCUGUAUCCUCACUUGCUAAUUUAACAUUCAAGCAUUUUUUUCAAAAUUUUAAAACUUUUUAAAAUUACUGAAACAUACAGAAUAUAAAGGAUACAAUGAGGUUUCCUCUCUCCACAUUUGUCCUGCAUGUCAAUAUGCUAAUUUUAAAGCCCCAAAUGACUAUACUUUACUUCCAAUACAAUUUUUGAGUAUGUCUUUUUAAGAACUAAAUAAAUUUCUUCUUGACAAUACACUGCCUAAAAAAUAACACCGUGCUUUUCUUACAGGGAUAUUGUUAGUAAUGACAUAAACCAAGUCAUUAAAGUUCUAAACAUAAAAGUGAUUUUCAUUAAGAACUCGGCAGUUGCUCAUAAUUUCUUUAGAUGCCAGUUUUAGAAAUAAUAGCAUAUCACCCUCUUUAAUUUUUUUAACAGUAACAUGCAAUUUUCAUGGUAAUAAUGUUAAAAUUGCAGUUUAAACUCAUUUUGCAAAGCUUGUGUUUGUAUUUAACAAAAAAAAUUUUGUGAAAAGAAUUUGUUGAUGGCAUGUUUUAAAAAAUGUUUUGUUAAUAAACUGCUACACAC